CGGCUAUCUUCCAACUGCCAAAUUCUCCUCUUUUCUGCAACGUUUGACGAUCACGUAGUCGAAUUCGCUCGUGACAUGAUUCCAAACCCGGUGGAAAUUCGCGUAAAGCAGAGUCAACUGACGCUGAAGAACAUCAAACAAUUUUAUAUGUGGGCACCUGAUUGGGAGACCAAGUUUUAUCAGGUCAGCGAAAUCUAUGGCUCCUUCUCCGUUGGACAAGCGAUAAUUUUUUGCGAGGCUCGAGCAACCCUGCUUGUCCACCUGAUGUUGCUUGGGUAA